CUCAAAUCAGGGAUUUUUUGAUAACUCAAAAUACACUCAAGAUAUGACUGUAAAUAAAUUUGACAUUUUAUGAUUUUCCUUCAGUCUGAAACGUCCAUUCAGUCAAAAAUGUUGCAUAAGAUUUUAACUGUUUUAUUUUUGGGAGCUGUGCUUGCCAAUGCUCUUCCGGAUAGACGUAUUGUUGGUGGAUAUGAAGCCACAGAAGGUCAAUAUCCAUGGAUGAUUUCACUUAGACGUGCAUCAAUGUCCCACAGAUGUGGUGGAUCUAUUAUUGGACCUCAUUGGGUCUUGACAGCUGCUCACUGCACACAAGGACAAACACCAACAACAAUGUUCAUCGUAGUCGGAUCAAUUCUUCUUAAUGGUGGAGCCAAUCCAAUCACACACACAGUCGAUAGAAUCACAAAUCAUGAGCAGUAUCAUGGUGAUGUCUUUGCUUUUGAUGUCGCAACAGUUCGAGUCAGAAAUCCAUUCGUCUACACAUCACUCGUCCAGCCAAUCAGAAUGAAUCCAAACUUCAUUGGUUCUGGUGUGUCAGCACUUGCUAUGGGUUGGGGAUUGACAACACAAAACAGAACUGACAGUGGAUCAAACAUCCUCUUAUGGCAUCCAACAUCAACAAUCAACAAUGCAGACUGUGUUAGACAACUCGGAUCUUGGAUCUUGCCACAGCAUCUCUGCACAUUCUCGAGACUUGGACAAGGUAUUUGCAAUGGAGACAGCGGUGGUCCACUUGUGGUCAACAAUGAAGUUGUUGGAAUUGCUACAGCAGUCAUUCCAUGUGCUCGUGGAUGGCCUGAUGGCUGGGAUCCCUUGCCAAAUAGACGUAUCGUCGGUGGAUAUGAGGCAGAAGAAGGUCAAUAUCCAUGGAUGGUGUCGCUAAGAUUUGCAAACAUGGCUCAUUUGUGUGGUGGAUCAAUUUUGAGUGAACAUUGGGCAUUGUCGGCUGCGCACUGCACAAUCGAUCAAGUUCCAGGUGUGAUGACAGUCGUAGUUGGAUCAAUUCACAUUCAUGGAGGUGCGAAUCCAAUAACUCAUGCUGUCGAAAUUAUUCACAAUCAUGAGCUUUAUCAUGACGAUUAUUUUGCGUACGAUGUUUGCACAAUUCGAGUCAGAGAUCCAUUCGUCUACUCACCAUACGUCCAGCCAAUCAGAUUGAAUCCUAAUUUUAUUGGUGCUGGUGUGUCGGCACUUGCUAUGGGUUGGGGAUUGACAACACAAAACAGAACUGACAAUGGAUCAAACAUCCUCUUAUGGCAUCCAACAUCAACAAUCACCAAUGCAGACUGUGUCAGUCAACUUGGUUCAUGGAUCCUGCCACAACAUCUUUGCUCAUUUUCAAGACUUGGACAAGGUAUCUGCAAUGGAGACAGCGGUGGUCCACUUGUGGUCAACAAUGAAGUUGUUGGAAUUGCAACAGCAGUCAUUCCAUGUGCUCGUGGAUGGCCUGAUGGCUGGGAUCGUAUUUCAACCUUCCAUAGCUGGAUUGUUGCUCAUUCUUCAGAUUAGGCUCGGUUUUUGAUGACAUUUGUAUUGAUUUUUAAAAAAAUAAAACUUUUUUCAGCAUGAAUUGUCAUAAAUUUUA